UUUGCAUCAGCUGAUUGUCCAUUUAUAACAUUUUAAAGGAAAACAAAUGAAUCGUUUGGCGGAAAUCUUCUCAGAACAAGGUGAAUUAAUUACACACGAUGGCACAUAUCAAAAUGAAUUGGAAACUAUUAAGGUGAUACGUGUGCUGCCGGUGCAUAAGCGUCAACGCUUUAACCGACUGUCUACACAAUUGCUGGAGGAUUUAGAACAGCCACAAGAUAGACAAAAAUGUGCUGAACGCUCGCGUUCCUUGCGAGAAGAGGGAAACCGAGUGUACAAAACGAAAUCAAGUAAAAACAAUGCUGACCAAGCGGAAUGUUUGCUCAGCGCCUGUCGCCUGUAUACACAAGCAGUUCUGGAGGCGGAAACCGCCUUCGACGAACUCUGUUUGAGUUUCGCCAAUCGUGGAAUGGCGCUGCAGGAUUACGGCUACUACGAGCAGGCCUACGAUGACUGCGUCUGUGCCCUGGAGUUUGGCUAUCCCAAGAAGCUGCAGCACAAGCUCAUAAUGCGACAGGCCCACUGCGCCUGGAAGCUGGGCGAUGCGAAAAAGCUGGGCGAACAUCUGGCUUGCUUGGAGCAACUACAGCUAAAUCCCAGCUAUUGUCAGAAAUUGGAAGAACUGCAGCAGCAACUCAAGAUGCUGCAAGGCAGUCAAAAAGCGGAGUCGACACAAGAGCUGCAGAAAUUAACUGGAGACACACACAAAAUCUCGAUGGAUUCCAGUACCAGAGGACGUUACAUGAUUGCCACGAAGCGACUCAGCGAAGGCGACAUCAUAUUUACGGAGCAGGCCGAUUGUUUUGUGCCCAUUGAGCAGCGACUGAUCUGCCAGAAGUGCGCCGCCAGCCUGCUGUGUGCACCCAUACCCUGUCCACAAUGUCAUCAGCGGGUGGUUUACUGUUCCCGCCGCUGUCGUGAUCUGCAUAAGUACAUUCACAGCUACGAGUGUGCGGCCUAUCGAAAGGAUCUGCUGAUCAUGCUGGGCGUAUCGCAUCUAGCCAUGCGAUUGCUUCUCACCUAUCUGCCGGAUUGGCUGCCACAGUUAAGAAGCGCCUCAAAUGCCCAAGAAUUGUGGCAUCGCCUAAUGCAAAUGGCUGCCACCGAUGCGAACUGUUCGCCUGCUCCGCAAUCUCUGCAGAGCAUGGGCAUGUUAACGCAUCUGGAUAAGUUGCCCCCAGCAGAGCUCGCUUAUCACUCGCUAUGCGCCAACUUGUUGCAAGUUUAUCUAUUCAAAUGCACGCAUUUCUAUGACCAGUUAUCGAGCAGCGGCAGCACCGCAUCUCUUGAGGAUUGGCAUUUGAUAGUUGCUGCUUUGAUUUUGCGCAGCGCUGGCCAGUUGCUUGUCAACGCCCAUGUGGGCAAUGCCAUCUCGCUCUGCUCGCUGCCCGCCAAUGAGUUCCCGCUGCUCCAGCCUGCACUCUGGCAAGGACCCCAUCACUUGAGACGCGGCUGCUUGCACAAGUUUGCCCAGUCAACACUCCAAACGGCUAUCAAUCUGCCAUAUCUGAGUCUGUGCAAUCACGCCUGUGCGCCCUCCAUUCACACCCGGUUCGAUGGCUGUGUGGUCAGCAAUUUUGCAACCAGGCCAAUCGAGGCAGGUGAGGAGAUCUACAAUUGCUACACACUGGACUACAGGAACUCGAUGUGUGCACAGCGACGGCAACAACUGGAGAGCAUUUAUAAAUUUACUUGCUGCUGCGAUAAGUGCUUGCGUGUACAGCCGGAUCAGGAUUAUUUAAAAUUUCAUCGCUAUCGCUGCGAGAGGACGCAAUGUGGAAAGAGUUUUGUGCCCAACCAAAGCAGUCUCAGCUGGUGGCUGCAGCCAGACGGGAAUGGGGGCAUCUGCUGCAGCGCAUGUCAAACGCCACAAUUGACAACGUGGUACGAUCAGUUUCUGGCGCUGCUGGAGCACUGUCAUGAGUCGGAGGCACGACGUAAUUUGUACAAAGCCUUUGAUAACCUCAAUAACUGGCUGCUGGACUAUCAUAGCUUAAAAUUAAGCCUGGCCAAUGAGCUGAUUGUAGCCUGCUUUGCAGUCAAGGAAGACGGCGUCACAUUGGAUGACUUGGAUUAUGGCCAGCUGGCGCGCAUCAUUGACUUCCAGCUGGCGGGCACUGCGGCGCAGUAUGGCAUCAACUCGCUCGAGUAUAUGACCAAGCUGACGCAUCUCUUUGAUCUCAUUGCCUGGGGCAAGCACAAAUGCAGCGUGCCGCAGUUGAAGACGAUGCGAGCAGCUCUCAACAAUUUGCCCAGCGAAACAAAAGUGAUUUUUGUCAACUAUUACAACGAUUUUAUUGAGCAGCUAUGCAAAUUCGACUAA